AUGUUUGGAUUUCAAGAACCAACAUCAUCAUUACUUAGAUCAGUCAAAGAGGAGGUUAAUAUUUCGGGAGCAUCGUCAAUCCUUGGGCAACAUUGGCCAACAGCAAUGCUUGAUGCUACAGCAGUAGAAAAUGCUCAAUUAGUCCGUGCUCAUUUUGAGAAACAUCCUCCAAAUAAUUUACGAAAAAGUAAUUUUUUUCAUUUUGUAAUAGCAUUAUAUGAUAGAACUGGGCAACCUGUUGAAAUUGAAAGAACACAAUUUGCUGGUUUUGUUGAAAAAGAUAAAGAAGUUGAUGGUGAAAAUAGUAGAAAUGGUAUUCAUUACAAGGUUCAAUUAGCUUAUGCUUCUGGUUUAAGAGCUGAACAAGAUUUAUAUGUUAGGCUAAUUGAUAGUGUUACAAAAACAGCAAUUGUUUAUGAAGGACAGGAUAAAAAUCCAGAAAUGUGUCGUGUAUUAUUAACACAUGAAGUUAUGUGUUCAAGAUGUUGUGAAAAAAAGAGUUGUGGUAAUAGAAAUGAAACACCUAGUGAUCCAGUAAUCAUUGACAGAUACUUUCUCAAAUUCUUUUUAAAAUGUAAUCAAAAUUGUUUGAAGAAUGCUGGAAAUCCAAGGGAUAUGCGCCGAUUUCAGGUGGUUAUUGGAACAACUCCUCGUGUUGAUGGACCAUUAUUGGCUAUCUCAGAAAAUAUGUUUGUUCAUAAUAAUUCAAAACAUGGAAGAAGAGUUAAAAGAAGUGGUAGUAUAGACGAAACAAUUCUUGCAGUUUGCCCAACAAUAAAAGCUAUAUGCCCAAGUGAAGGAUGGACACAAGGUGGUAAUACUGUAAUAAUAAUAGGGGAAAAUUUUUUUGAUGGUGUUCAAGUUUCAUUUGGAAGUACCACUGUAUGGAGUGAAAAUGUACAAGUUAUAACACAACAUGCUAUAAGAGUUACAGUACCACCAAAACAAUUACCAGGUGUUGUUGAUGUUACACUUAGUUUUAAAAGUAAAGUAUUUUCACGUGGUAAUCCAGGUAGAUUUGUAUAUGUAUCUUUAACAGAACCAUCUAUUGAAUUUGGCUUUCAAAGAUUACAAAAAUUAUUACCUAAAUAUCCUGGUGAUCCUGAAAGAAUGCCCAAAGAAUUAAUACUUAAGAGAGCUGCUGAAUUAGCUGAAGCUUUAUAUAAUAGAACACCAGCAGAUCAGUUAUCUCAUUAUGCAUCUGCAUACUCAGCACAUUUUGAUACUUCUGCAUAUAAUCAAGCAGCAGCAGCAUCAGCAGCAGCAGUUUCAAAUUCUUUACCAUCAGCUGUUUAUCAAGGAAAUUAUCAUGGUACUGGAGUACCUAAUGUUUCAGCAGCUAGUAAUUUUUUAAAUGGUAGUUCUUUUGCUACAUUUCAUUCUGUAAACCCAUUUGCAGCUACCUUACAUACUUCAACAAGGUUGGCUUGA